AUCUCUGGGGAGGAAACUAAAGGCAUGCGGUGGAACGCCAACUGUGGUUUGCAUAUCAGCGAGGAGUUUUCAUUCAUAAAUUAAUAUUAAAGCGCAAAAAUGCUGCAUUCAUGCAGAAAUAGUAAAUUGUAUUUCUGCUAAUCGGCGGUUGAGUGGUUAGCGCGCGGACCUCACAGCCAGAAAGGCACGAACGAAACUUACACCUUCUCCAGUCGGCCUAGACCUGUUGAGAACCGCUCCAAAUACAGAGAACUACCGACAGAAAAGUAGGGCACAGGGCAGUAAUUAUGGAAACAUCAUGUAUGAUCGACGUGUCAUCAGGGGAAACACUUAUGCUCAACGCUUCAUGUCAGCUAUGGUGCAGGAUGAUCUGGCUGAAAUCCAAAGACAGCAAGAGAUCAGGCGGAGGGCCAUGGCUCGGAAAAAGAGGACCGGGGAGCCCCAAAGAUCUGCAACUCCAGAUGCCGUGCAGGGCAGAAAACACAAUGUAGUGCAAACAGAGCUUUACCUGGAAGAGUUAAGCUACGUCAUAGAGGUUUCACAUACUGAAUCCCAGACUGAUGCUUUCCUGGACAGACCAGCAUCUCCGCUCUUUAUACCUGCCAAAUCUGGCCAAGAUGUUGCAACGCAAAUAGAGGACGGAGAGUUGUUUGACUUCGAUAGAGAGGUGCAGCCAUUGCUGGAGGUCCUAGUGGGGAAGACCAUUGAGCAAUCUCUCUUGGAGGUGAUGGAGGAGGAGGAGCUGGCCUGUCUGAGGGCCCAACAGAGGGCCUUUGAGGAGAUCCGGAAUGCCGAGCUGGCCGAGGUGCAGCGACUCCAGGAGCAGGAGAGGCGGCGGCGGGAGGAAAAGGAGCGCAGAAUUUCCCAGCAGGAGGAGGCGCUGAAGAGGGACCAAGAGACAGUGGAGAAGAUUGCGGCACGGGCCUACACCCAUCACUAUCUGGCUGACCUUGUACCCACCGUCUUGAAGUCUCUGAGGACCCACGGCUUUUUCCAUGACCCUGUGGAGAAAGAUAUCGAGACAACUUUCUUCCCAUGGUUGAUGGAUGAGGUUCACAGCAAUUUAGAGAAGAGGAACACGGCAAGGCAGCUUUUAGACACACUCAUCCAUGAUGUGGUCCAGAAAAGACUUCCACUCUACACACACUUGGAGUCACGGCAAGAUGACAAGUAAAAGGCUAGCUAAAAAAAAAAAGCUAAAAAAAAUAAGUACUUUUUAAAAUGUUUGUGUCAAUUUAAGUACACCCACGCUUUUAUCACUCACCUUAUUUGUAUACUUAGGUGUAAACACACAUUUUAUCUCAAGUAUGCAGUUUUCACGUAGCUACUUGUCGGUACAGCACACUUAGAACAGAAAUUACUUAUGGUUUGGCACAAAUGUAAGUGGUCCUCUUAUACGACUCUAUUUUAAUACCGUAAUCCUAUUGGUUUAGAUCAACUGUGGCUCCUCCUCCUUUUGGGCUUUUUGGGCGGAAGACACGCAUGAAAGAGUUGCAUUGACCUAUCGUACCUAUGUUUUAGGGGUGCACCAAACACAAAGGUUUUUUUUUAUUACAUAAAUGAUAUACUGGAAACAAUGCCAUUCAUUCGGUAUGAAAAGCCCAACAGGUCGCCUUUGACGUCACAAACAUAGAAUGACGUGUCUGAUGGCUUUCAUGUGUAAAUUUCAUGUGUAAUAAAGAAAAAGAUCAAGAAAGAUGAAGGUGUGGAGGGCCUUGCCCAGUGGGUGAGGCAAUUUUCACCACAAUUCGAAGUCACGUAUCACUCACAAAGCAUUCAACUUCCGGUGUGCUUGCUUUUGAGUACCACAAUAA